AUGGUCGAAGUCGAUGGUCCGCAGUUGUUCUUCACAGAAGGCGAAGACGUCGAAACGCGUAGAGCAGAACGACCUCUAUCAUUUGGUGAUACAGUUCAUUGGGAGGAUAAAGAUGUGAUCAACAGAGUAAUUUCAAGGAUACGAAGGGAUGAAAUAUCAUCGCAGUAUAUCCUUCCUAAUAUCCCAGUUUCUGCUUGGUUGACUUUGGCUCUCGAUACGAAAGGCAGAUUGUGCAUUGAGUUCGACUCAUUCCAUCAGGUUUAUACUGAGUGUGCCGACAUGGCGGUUCAAACACCGUGGAAUCGCAAUAAUUCGAAGUACACAAUUUUGGAGAUUCCACUGAAUAGUGAUGGAAUAGUGGAUCAGAUUUUAUUACCGGAAUCAUACUCACGUGUAACUAAAUGGCAACCGGAACUAGUUAACCGUGUGGGAGUGUACACUGGGGACAGAUUGAUAUUCUGCAAGGAGUUAUUUGCAUACGAAAUUGUUAUUGCUCUGAUCAAACAUUCCAAAGACAGCGUACCUCUUACACCAGGAAUUAGCUGUGAGUUUUCUGCAGUGUGGAAUCAGUAUGAGAAAAAGUUCAUCGUAACUGAUUACAAAGCUAAGGGCUUGAAGACUCAGCUUGGUGCAAAUAACUUGCUACGAACAGCGGUAAAAGCUGAUGAAGACUAUCCUGGUGUGUACAGAAGUGUUAAUUUUGGACUAAUAGAUGAUCCCAGAGGAAUUCUUGCCCUUUUCCAUCUUUCGGAAUACAAAAACAGCUCUGUUGUGGUAACACUAGAGGACAAACCGUCGAAGUCUAAAUUUCGGUUCCGUAUAGUUGAUGUUCAAGCUGAUAAGGCGCCAAAACUGCAGAAAUGGCUUGAAAACGCAGAGAAAUUCACAGUAACUGAAAUUCAUUUCUUAUCAAAAAAUGAAGAGAUUGUUUCUGUGGAGAAACGGCUGCUAUCUGAUGCACCUCAUUAUCGUCAGAGAGCUUUUCGGAUUUCCGUAGCUAGAUCGGUCGCUUUCGAUUGCUUCCUCGAACAUCACUUAUUUGGAUUGAUUGAUGUGGGAACGCAUACUUCACUUACAAAAGGGAAUUCCAGUGCGCUAGUAUGGGUGAUUCGAUCUCUUCCGGACACCAAGCAAGCAGCACGCCGUGCUCGAGCUCCUUUCGUUGUUGUCUCCGUAGGAGAUCAAGAGCCAAAUGAGGAAUUCUCAAUACUGUUCAUGUAUUUCAAGGUCGAUCUACUCGACGAAAGUUUCGGACAGGGAGACACAUGUGGAUUGCAUCCAGCGUCGCCAACUAUUUCGGUUCUAGAGGUUGAAGAAUCUUCUAUUGCGGUCCCAAAUCUGGGAAACAUAUCCGACGCGGGAUGGGAUCUUGCGACACAGGAAGCAAUGAAACGUAUGGGGCUCAAUGGGAGUAAGGAUUCGUCUUCACAUCUGAUUGGAUGUACUGAUACAAGCUGCGCACCAAACUGUCCAACAUUGGAGAUGAUUAUGCUGAUUAUGGAUACCGUUCCGAAUUUCAUGGAACUGUUAGCAGCUGAGAAUCCCUCUUUAUUCGCACGAUGUGUCAAUCAGCUUUUCAUUUAG